AUGGCUCGUAGCAUCGAUCUUAAGUUUAUAGCAGACCUUUCGGUCCUUGUGGGAACAGGUAUCUCUGUGUACUACUUAGUGUCGAAACUCCUGAACGAAACGGAUGGAAAUCCAUUGUUUGGGAGGUCAAAAGAGUCCCGCGAAAAACAAUCGCAUACAUGGGACAAUUUAGUGGCAGUUCGACCCCAGCUUCGCGAGGUAAAGCUCAGCGGAUACGAGCGGAACGUACUGUCGUCCGUGGUGCUGCCCCAGGACAUCGAAGUGUCGUUUGCGGACGUCGGAGGCCUCGAAGAGAUCGUGGAAGAGCUUACAGAAUCGGUGAUUUGUCCGCUGACAAUGCCUGAACUGUAUUCCGUGUCGUCCUCUAGCAAGGGUGAGGGCCUUCUCACGGCUCCACGCGGUGUUUUGCUGUACGGACCGCCUGGAUGCGGUAAAACUAUGGUUGCCAAAGCGCUUGCCAAGGAAAGCGGGGCCACGUUUGUCUCGCUGCGUAUGUCAUCGAUUCUAGACAAGUGGUACGGCGAGUCUAACAAGAUCGUCGACGCAGUGUUCUCGCUCGCAAACAAAAUUCAACCCUGCAUCGUUUUCAUCGACGAAAUAGACUCGUUUCUGCGUGAAAGGGCUUCCUCGGACCACGAGGUGACUGCGAUGUUGAAAGCAGAAUUUAUGACCUUGUGGGAUGGCCUAACGUCCAAUGGCCGUGUGAUGGUGCUGGGAGCCACCAACCGAAUGGGAGAUAUCGACUCUGCGUUCUUGAGACGUCUUCCCAAAAGAUUUGCCAUUCCUUUGCCAGGAGCUCAAGAAAGACGCCAGAUUCUCACGAUCCUGCUGCAGGACUCUGAACUGGACCCUCAAGAGUUCGACAUGGAUCUCAUUGUGACUGCCACGCGCAACAUGUCGGGUUCAGAUCUGAAGGAAUUGUGUCGCGACGCUGCUUUGAACGCAGCCCGCGAAUACAUUCGUCAAAAACGGCAGUUUGCCGCUUCUGAAAACGCAUCAGAAGCGCCAGAGAUGCCCAAGGGUAUUAGACCGCUCAAAACCUCUGAUUUUGCUAAGAAUUUGAACAUCGAAACCCGUAUACCUCUUGGUUCAGCAGGUCUGGAUUGA